AUUCACAUUCCAGUGAGAUCUUUUGGUGAGACAGAAUAUAGUAUACUAUAAGCCAGUUUGCAUCAGGCUACAAAAUACUUGCGCUUGCCAGGAUUUUUGUGAAAAAGCGUUGAACCAGGCAGAUCCAGUAAAGCAGUUCUUAGUCUCAUGUUCUCAGGCUAACAUGCAUAGUCAAGAUCCCUUAACACAAAGCAGUUAUUCAUUCAUUGUUUAGAAAAAUCCAAAGAUGCAUGUAUUUUAGUAUCAUGAAUUUAAAACACAUUGACAGACCACAGAUGAUCUAACAAAAAAAAUGCAGAACAUGAAAGAUUAAAGUCAGACUAUCACUAUUGUGAAACAAGAGAUGUUUGUGUUUAUUUUUAUUGGUGGAGGAGGGAGGGAGUAUGGAAAAAUUGACUAUGUCAGUGUAAAAUUGUCUUCAUUAGAUAUAGCAAACUUGUUAUGUUUAGAUCCUAAACUGUCUUGUAAACAAACUGUAAGAGAGUAGGACAUAGUCUAUGUCUUGGCUGUUUUAGGCCCAGCAAUGUUGUAAUCAAUUGAGUAGCUUUUUGUAAUUUUUGAAAUAUAUGUAUAUAUUUUUUAAAAAUACGUUUAAAUGUAACAAUUCCAAUAUUGUAAAUGAAAAUGUGUAAGUAAAUCAAACAAUUUCUACUGAAUUCUUAAAAGCCAAAUAUUUAAUUUUAAAAGUUUGUUCAUCAGUAUGUGGGUAUUUUAAUGGAAAUUAUAUCUUAAUAUAAUAUAUAUCUUUCUAGUUGUUUACAAAAUUAAUCAUAGCUGUCAUUACCAAACUGUUUCAAAAGUAGUUUAGUGAUUAUCAUCAAAUUUCCUAUCUCUCUCCACCAUCAGUCCAGUUAGUUUUCAUCACACUUCUACAUUUGUGCCAUAUUGCAAUAAUUUUUAAGGCCUUCCUUAAUCACCAUAUUCCGAUUGUAGGACCUAACAUACAAAUCAAUUUUUAUAAACAUUUUGAAUUCGUUCAGUUUUCGGGUUGUCAUUUUCUUCUAUAGAUUCAUUUUCUUGGAUUCUUAAAAUACACCCUGGAAUAUAGUUGGAUGUCUUUUGCAAGAAGUCUUCAAUGCCAGUGAAGCCACUUAGCAGUUUCUCAUGUUUUCCUUUCUUCUUUCUUGUUUCUGUAUCUGGAGCCCAAGGCAACUGGUAAGACUUGCUCCAACUUAAUAACCCCUACAUUCCAGGAAAGUUAGCAAGUAAAAGAGGUGCAGAGACAUUUCUUAAUCGAACCACUGCAGCCAUGGACCUACAGGCACAACUGGAGACCACAACAGAGAGGAACUGGAAUAAAGAGAAAAUGGAACUAUUGGAGCGUUUUGACAAUGAAAGGAAAGAGUGGGAAUGUCAAUGGAAGGUCAUGCAGAAGAAAAUAGAAGAGCUUUACCAGGAGGUAAAAUUAAGGCGUGAGAGCAACAUGAAUGCCUUCGAUAAUAAGGCCAUUCAUAGCAAGACACAGCAGCAGUUUGUACAUUCCUCCACGUCAGAAUGGAGUGACAUGCCAGGACUCAACUGUUGUUCACAAGACAAAGAUAGUUUGCUUACUAAGGCAGAAAAAGCAAGCAAGGACACAAGAAACCAGAGAAAAAAUCAUGUUUUUGUAAAGGAUAAUCUGACCUUUGAAAAUAACAAGGAUGUUGAAGAUUGUUCAGGCUUGAAAACAACCAAGAAUUACACUCAGGAUCUUAAUAUUGCUCUUAAAGAACUUGCCAAAGUAAGUGAAGAUUUGUGCAGCUACCAAGAGGAAAUCCGCAAGAAGUCCAACCACAGAAGAAAAAAGUUUCUUCCUUCCAUGGAAGAAUCUGCAGAAGGUGAAACUGCACCAGUUAUGCCAGAGAUGAAUCAUGUAUGCAACAGUGACCCACAAACUGCUUUAAUUGCGUUUGAAACGGAAAAACAAAAUAACAGGAAGAACUUGAUGGGCAUCAACAGGUGUCGGAAGGACAGUGCUCGUGAGGGUGCUGAGAAAACAGACUUUUUGCCAUGGCAAAGGAACGAAGCUCCUCCUGUGCCCCCGAGAAGCACUUCUCGGCAUCUGACAAGCUCUCUCUCUGCAGCUGUCCAACUUUCUGAGGCAUUAGCAAAAGAUCCAGAGCACAGAAACCAUUGUCAAACCCGGCGGAAUCAUGAUAGCAAUACUUUUAAUAAUCCAACUGUUUCAAAGCUAUGUGAUGCUCCAGAGCCACCAGCAAAUGAAUGGAAAUCUGUUUGUGGUCUGGCACUGGUUACUUCGGUGCCCAUGGAAAAAAGAGAUCUGUCCACUGAAUGCAAGCUGUCGGUGGGAUUUUGUCAUAACACCUGGACCUGCAAACCAAGCAAAACUGGAAAUUUCACUAAGAAUGACUCUGCCCCACACUCUGUCCAAAAGAGUUGUUCUGAUGGAAAUAUGAUGGACUCAAAGCAACAUCCUGAAUACCAAGGCAGUGGGUGUUACUCCACUGACUUUUACACACCUGUGUGUGACACACUGGGUGACUCUGGAUAUGGAACUGCAAAGACUCAACGGAAUGAAACACUGGAAGCAAAGAUUGAUGAGUUUAACAGAACUGUGUUUCAUACGGAUCAAGGCCAAAAGUGUCCACCCAAGAGCCAAAUGCUACCAAGACCAUCUGGUAAUCCUACCUCCCAUGAUGUACUGCAGGACUGUUUGAAGAACAGGACAGAAGCAAACAAAGAUGUUACAGAUGCUUUGGAUCCCAGACUGUCUUUGAGAAUGAAAGAGAAACCCAACCAUUUCAGCAAAAACACCAAAGGAACAGGACAACAAAAACAAGUUAAUGGACUUCUGAGUAGCUAUCAAAAUAUGCUUCAGGAGCAUGAUUGGAAGCCAAGUAAUUUGUCUGGUCGCCCACGAUCAGCUGAUUCAAGAUCAAACUAUGGUGUUGUUGAAAAGCUUUUGAAGAACUAUGAAAAAUCAACCUCUUUGUGCAAUUCAAAGUUUCACAAAGAUAAGUGGGUACAGUCAAACUCCACAUUUGCUGGUGGCCGCUGUGAGAUGGUGGGCCAUUAUUUUGAAAUGCUCCAGACAGACCUAGGAAAGCAGGAGCUGCAGAAGAAUUCAACCAGGCAUGUUGGGCUUUAUGCCAAACAAGACAGAGAGAAGCAGAAAUUUCCUGAGGUAUCUGUGCCACUUAAACAGUCAACUGGGAAAGGUUUCUCUCGGCCAGCGCGACCAGCAAACAGGCGCUUACCUUCCAGGUGGGCCUCCAGGUCACCAUCAGCGCCACCUUCUGUGAGAAGGACAGCUCUGAAUUAAUGCUCUUGAACUUUCUCAAAUGAUCUCAAGUGGUUUAAGCUCAAGAAAGAAUGUCAUAAUAUUGCGAAAGCUCCAUGCAUCAUUACGACUCCGUGUCCCAUGUUCCUGGCUGAAACCAGUUCUGUGAUCCACAGUCAUCUUUUGGCCAAUAGGAAUUCAUCUCUCAACUCGCUUGAGAAAUGGUUUUGAUUUUUAGAUCAUCCUAACAGUCUUCAGUGUUUUUAUUGGAUUAGGUAACAAUGUCCCUCUUACAUGUGUGAGAUAUAUCUCACAGUUACAUUUUUCCUUUAAAUGACAUCCACCAAUAUUCAUCUUACUGUCAAGUUUUUUUAAAUUUAAAUAAUAUAUAGUUCUGUAUAUUCUGACUUUUCCAGCACACAGCAGGAAGAAAUGCUGUUUGCAUAGUCAUGUGUUUGUAGGUGCAUGUGUUGGAAUAGAAAGUAUACUUGUCUGUAUUUAGAAAAGACAAACUCAAUACUAGUGCUGAUAGUGUAAUUACAACAUAUAUGCCUACACUCUCUCUCUCUCUCUCUCUCUCUCUCUCUCUCUCUCUCGGCUUAUUUUAAAAUAUACAGUAUUAGCAGUGACUGUAUUUCCUUUAUCUUUACAGAUUUCACAGGUCUGAUAUUUGAUAAACAGAAAGUAAAAGUUUUUUGUAACUGUCAUAGCAGUGAACAGGCAUUUGUACAACAUGUAUCAGAAAGAGGUUAGCUCAAUGGAUUAGUCCCUCCGCCAUGCUUGAUGCUACCUUUUUCCUUCUUGACUUGUCUAACCUUCAUAAUGCCAGGUCACUAUGGACAUUUGUUCCCCUGAGUUAUAAAGUGCUCUACUAUUUAUAACAGCAUUACCCUUUUUCAGUGCACAAACAUUCCUAAAAUAUCUAUUUUAAAUGCUAGAGUCUGCUAGUCAUUGUGACAUAGCUCAAUGACUGAAUUCUGCUUGCUUUAUUUAACCAAAAAAUAUGAAUUAUAGAGAGAGGAAAGAUUAGUCACACAACACUUUAAUGUGGAACUAAAGAUUAUGAGAAGAACAGGGUUUCUAGUACAAUGAACUUUGUGUCCUGACAUCAUGAUGUUAAUGUGUUCCCAUGUAGCAGCAGCUUACAAGUGAAGUGGGGUGGAGAAAUGUGUGGUGUUGUGGUUUCAAGAUAUGAGGUAAAAUGAAAUUUAUGUCUUUAAGGGGAUGGGAUCAAGUGAUCUUUUAGGCUCCAUAUUUCUUGGAAUGUUACUUCCACCUUUAGCAAUGUUAUUUCCUCCUUUUCUCUAAAAAUGCUAAAUUAUACAGAGUUAUUAGAAUUAGAAUUUGCCAAGUGUCAGGACUUGGCCUGAACUGUUUAGUUUUGGCCUAGUAUUCUUGCUAUAGUAAUCAUUAGAUCAAAGACAAGGACUAGGGUCUUGCUUUUGAUGGAAGCAGAAGAAAUAAGCUACCAUUGAAGUACAGGAGUCUGCACUUGAUCUGCUCUUCCUUAAUUUACUACUGCAUUUUGGAUGGCCAAGGCAACAUCACACAUUCUGCUCCCAUAAAUGCUUCAAGCAGCUCUCAGCUAUGAGGUUUGCUUGCAUUCUGGCACAAGCCUGACAUACAGUACAUAAAUAUUGCAUCAAGAUAGGAUUGCUGUGGUGCCAGAAAUCCUAGACGGAUGGCAUUACAAAUACGCAUGUGCCAUCAUCUGUCUCUGUGUUGUUGGCUUUUAGUGUGCUAUGUGCAUAGCCAGGUUUGUUUCCCCUUUUCAACGGUCUGAAUGACAUGUAGAUCAUGCCGGACUAUGUUAAAGUGUGCUGAGAAAUGUCACCUUCCUUUUUCUGAAUUUUCACCCAUCUACCUGCCUUGCAAGAAACAAAGAGGCAAUCUGAUUAUUGCUUCUCUCUGUGCAUUCCACUUCAGAACAGACAACAGGUCUGCAGGUAUUCUAAGCAAGCUUUCAAUGUACUCUUUUAACAUACUUGUUUAAUGAGCAUUUGAUAAGUUUGCAAAAAAAAGGUGGUGGUGAAGGGGGGAGAGGUUACAAUUCUGUUGUCUUGUGAGAUGACUUGGGGAAAGGAUUGUGGUAAUUCAGGUAGUGAUUAUAUUGCCCCUGUCUUGUGAUGAAAAGAGCCAGGGAAUAGGUCUGUGUAUAUAGUGUGCUAAUAUAUAUGUAUAUAAAAAUUCUGUGCCACAGUGAUCCAUAUUUGUGAAAACUGAAUUCUGCAAUAUGUAUAAAAUGCAAAUUAAGCCAA